AUGUUGUCCGCCCCAGUUAAAUCUGCUCGGCGCAUCUCGUCGCUCUUCAAUAUGAAGACGAACAGAGAUUCGGCAUCAUCGUCGACCUCUUCGGGUUCUCCUAAGCAGUUGCCUAGCAGUACGCAUCUGUCCGUUGACCAUCGACGCGCCCGAAGCCAUUCUCGGCCGGCUGUGCGACAUGCGUCCUCACCCCAACCUCAAUCCACAGAGGCUCUUCCCACAACAAGCCACGGCUUUGACCCUGAUCACUUGGACCUCAAUACACCCCUCCCGCCGCCUCCGUCGUUGUAUGCGAUAAACCAGGAUUUAGGUGAUUCGGGGCCAUCACAACGAUCCCAUAGUAGAAGUGCAAGUGCAACACGAGGAGCUGGAGCGCGCUCAAGAACACCAGACCCCCAUAGCCAUCAAAGAAGAAGAAGCUGGAUGCCAGGGAAAUCGAACUCGAUCGUGAUUGAUGCUCCCAUUGCGAGCGAUCAAUACGAUCUCAAUGCGUUUGAUGCUUGGGUUGCAGGAUUGGAUCAGAAGAUCCCGUAUGAUCUUACGCGACUGAUGCAAGGCGAGCAGAUACCUGAAUUGUGGAACGAACAAGGCGACACUUUUGUAUACCUCUUCCCGCAAGGGACGCAGCGACCGCCAUCAUUCCGAAUUGACUCUACGCUAUUCUCGGAUUCGCCGUCUUUGAAUUUUUUGGCCCGCGGAACCGAUGCAAAGAUGGAAGCGUUACGACACUCGGCUCGAACUCUAACCAUCACCGAUCCAGACGGCGCUACCGCUCAGGAAGACCAAUGGGUAAACGAUGAUGUCAGCAACGGCAGCAACCGAAUGGCACUGGUUGAAGACCAGCCGGAGGAAGUUCAAGAGCUACAUCUUUAUCUGCCUGUUCCCCUUCAUGGCGAUGUCUCGAGUGUGGAUAGCCCGCUCUCAAUCGAAGAUAGCGACACUUUAAUUCUCUUCCGCAAUCUGUUUGCUUUCUUGCUUGGUCAAGCCUUGAUUGCUACACCCCGAUACCCAAGUUUAUUUGCUGUAUUGCUAGAAAUCUCCAAUCUACUACGCCGGUUUGAGUUUUCAAACUUUGACGGGUCCAAUUUUGGUGAGAUUGCGACGUCGAGUUUUGCCAACUAUUGCGAUGAGCUUCAUCUGGCCGAUGUCCGGAAGAGUCGCGAAAAGACUAUUGAGGCCGUCAUUCUAGGCGAGAGCUUGCGCUAUUACCCGCUGUAUGUGGAAGGAUUUGUUCAUGGUGUUGGUAAAAUGGAAGAGCUUCGCAGCCUGCAAAGUCCGAAAUUCAAUCUGAUCAACCCGUUGACCCAAAAACGUCUAGAACGUGGAGCGAUCGACUUGCAAAAUCGUCUCACGAUCAUGCGAAUUAAACUGGACGAAUUCGACUUCCCUGCCUUAUUUUCUGGGAUCGCCAACUCAAACUCAGCCGCGGAGAGCAAGAUUGUCCGCUUCAAACAGUGGAAACUAGCGCACCUUGCGCUGCGAAAGCACGUUUUGAGCUUCUACCGUCAAAAGUAUGGAUCAUGGCCGCCAAAAGCUAACUCGAAAAAGAACGAGUUUGAGGAGAGCGGUCUAAAUCGGUUGUUGUUGAAGGAGGUAUAUGAAGAUUUCACCGAUCUGUACGACAUGCUAGUAGACCGGACGUCUCUUACUACUCGCACGACGGAUAUGGCAACCGAGGACUUAGAUGUACCGGAUCCGAUAGAAGCUGUCACACGAGCGAUGCGACGCAUGAUGAGCGAGUAUGACCGGAGUACUCCUCCUGUACAACCUCCUAUUCCAUUCGACAUUCCACAACUCCCUAGCUUACAGGCGCUACGACGGAAACCAGUGGAUGCUAAGAAUAUAGCGAAAGAACGGCAAAAGAAGCUACACGAUUCAGAAAUUAAUGAAGUGUUGAUGCGAUCUUAUACCAGAGAAGCUCUGAAACCCACGCCUUUCGUUGAAAGCUUCAUGCAAUUCGAACGCCGAAGUGCCCAUGGCAAGAGUUUGGAUGAUCUCAUGGAUAAUCGGAUUGGCCAAUGGCUGUUUAUAUAUGCAGUGCUCCAGUCGCUCCCGUUAUUGGUCAUUGAUGUACUAGACUUGCGCUUCACAGACGGCGUCGAAUACUUCCUCUGCGUUGCUCCUCGCGGAGGAGCACCCUGGAUUCAGAACGAUGGCAAGAGUGGACGUAGCUGGUUUGGUGUCGCUGGUGGACAGGGAGUCGUCAGUCUUCCGUCAGAUGUGGUCAACAACGCGACCGAUGCAGUCUACCGUCGCAGCCACUGCUGGCAAGUUGCCAGUCAAUGGGCAGAAAGGAACCUCAACUCGCCCAUCACUACUGAAGACGCUUCUUCACUAUUUUCUGCGCCUCCUGCACCGCAAUCGUCGAUCGGGUCGAUUUCUGACGUACAGUCUAUGCUAAGUCCGGGCACUAACUCGCCGCACACUGUACCACGCACAAACUCGCCCGGGUUCGCGUCCCACGGCCAUCGUGGAUCCAUAUAUAACACAUUGGAGGCCCUACCCUUACCAGCCGGUGUAAUCCCCGUGGAACCGCCUGCCAAACCAUUUGCACGCAUGAAUCCCACCAUGAGUUUCGACGAUAUCCUCAAGGACAUUCCCGCCACUGCCACGAAGGGGGGCAAAAAGAAGUGA